AUGAACUAAGGAAUAUAUUUCGGUUAAUUAGUAGUAGGUCCUGCAGGAAGUGGAAAGUCAAGUUAUUGUUACAUAAUGCAAUAAAAUGCAUAAUUAUUAAAAAGAAAUAUAUUAAUAGUAAAUUUAGAUCCUGCAGCUGAUAACUUUAAAUAUAGAUGUGAUAUAGACAUAAGAGAUUUAAUUACAUUAGACGAUGUUAUGGAUGAACUUAAAUUAGGACCAAAUGGAGGGCUAGUAUAUUGCAUGGAAUAUCUACUAUAAAAUUUAGACUGGCUAGAAGAAUAAUUAAGUGACUUAGCAUCAGAUGAUUAUGUUAUUUUUGAUUGUCCGGGAUAAAUAGAGCUAUAUACUCAUAUGGAUUUAAUGAAUAGGAUUACUAAUUGUAUUUAAAAUAUAGGUUUUAGCUUGUGUUCAUUAUAUAUGUUAGACAUUACUUUUAUUGCAGACAACUGUAAGUUUAUUUCAGGAGUUUUAUAAGCCUUAACUGCAAUGGUUAGUUUAGGAUUACCACAUUUAACAGUAUUAACAAAAUGUGAUUUAAUAACAGAUAAAUAAAUGAUUGAUUAAUAUUUAGAUUUCGCAGAUGCUAUUGAUGAAAUAGAUAUUAUAGAUGAAGAUAAAAUGAGCGAGUUUGAUAAAAGAUAUAAUAAAUUAACAAGAACUUUAUAAUAAACAAUCAAAGAUUUUGGGUUAGUUUCUAUUAAAAAGCUUGAUAUUAAUGACGAAGAAACAAUUCUUGAUUUAUUGGCUGAAGCAGACACAUGCAUAAAUUAUGGUGAAAAUCUAGAACCGGAUGAAAGAUAUUAUGAAAGAGCAGAAAAUAAUUUAAAUUAAUGUUAUGAUGAUAGUACGAAAGAGAACGAAUAUAAUAAUGAUUAUGAUUAUUGA